AUGAGUCACGACUCACCUACCCCCCACCUCCCUUCCCUCACUCCCUCUUGUCUUCGUGUUCCCAUCCGCCCGCAACCCCCCUUGCCCUCCUCCCCCGACCUGGCGCAUUCUCACCCCCUACGGCUGGGGAACGAACAGAUAGCACACCAGCCCCUCCCGUCUCCCCUUCCUCGCAUCCAGCUGUCUGUCUCACCUCCCCAUUCUGCCCGCAUCCUCCCCCCAUGCGCCCGCAUCUUCGCCCCAUCCGCCCGCAUCUUUCCCCUAUCCGCCCGCAUCUUCCCCCCAUCCGCCCGCAUCUUUCCCCCAUCCGCCCGCGUCUCCCCCCUAUCCGCCUGCGCAGCCCUCCCGCGUAUUACUACCGGCCUGGGCUUGCACACACCUGGCUCCUCCUUCACGCCUUCCCACUCCUCCCCACUCCUCCCCACUCUUCCUCACCCCUUUCCACUCCUCCCCACUCCUCUGCAGGGCGGUCGCUGGUGCCUCUCCCCCAGUCAGUGCCGCCUACGGGCCGACACAGAGCUGGGGUCGACCAAGGGUUGGCCCAGGCCGGGGGAUUCGGGCUUUGAAAGCAACCUUGACAGCAAGGGGGCGGGGUUUCAGGGCAUGCUGAGCGGCGAUUUAUCUGGGUCGUGCUGCAACUCCUGGAACAUGAUGGUCGUGCUGUAUUGCGAUGAAGGUGCAUCUUUCCGCUCUCUCAAUGUGUACUGUACCGAAUGCAUCCCCUCCCUCAUUCGUCCCCCCUGCCUUUCGCCCAACCAGCUUGACAGCAUGGGAGCGGGGUUUCAGGGCAUGCUGAGCGGCGAUUCGUCGGAAAAUCCCUUCUAUUCCUGGAACAUGGUGGUUGUGCUGUACUGCGACGGGGGUGUUUUCGCCGGGGUGAAGGGAAAAGCCCUCCUCUUCCCCACCCUCCUCCUACCCCCCUCCCCAAACAUUCCUCCUCUUUCUACUCCCAACCCCCUGUUCCCUUCCCUCAGAUCUCAACAAUCUCAACAACAAGGGUCUGAAGCAGGCGGAUACCGUCCUCCUUACAGGCUGGUCCAUCUCAACAACAAGGGUCUGAAGCAAGCGAAUUCCGUCCUCCUUACAGGCUGCUCCGCUGGCGCUAUAGCGGUGUCGAUGGCGUGUGAUGCCAUGGCUCAGUUCCACUUCCCUCGCACCGCCAAAGUCAAAUGCCUCAUGGACGCUGGCUUCUUCAUGGACACCCCGGACAUCACCGGGCAGUACAGCUUUCGAGGCAUUGUGCAGCGAAUGUUUCGAUUCCAUUCCAUGACUGCCGCUGCUGACGAUGAUUGUCGCACGGUCUUGUUCAUCCUUCAUCUCACUCCUUUCCCUUUUCCUCUCUUCAUUCCCUCUCUCUCUUCCAUCAAAUCCUUCCCUCCCCAGUAA